GAUAGACUGCGGACAGAACAAGAUGGCGGCCGUGUUGUUACCCAUGGUUGUUACUAGGUUACCGAAGACGCUCGAGACUUUAACCUGAAGCCAGUUUAGCAUUAGCUGUUCAGGAGUCACAUCAGCGUUCUCCAACUCUGUAUCACUUCUAACACCGGAUAACCUCUUACAUUGACUCUAACAUAACUAUUAUAACUAUAACUGAUCAGUAUUUACCGUUCCGCUGAGCGGAGCCAUGGAGGAGGAAGACACCGCCUUGGCUCUGAUCCUCUACUACUGCUAUGAGAAGUUCUACAGCCACGCCGUGGCGGCGGCAGCGUCGAGCAGCCAAAGCCCUCCGGUGUUCCGCUUCCUCCGGGCCUUCGGGACUCUGAUGCAGGAUCAGAUCCCAGAGGCUGUGGCAGAGCUGGAGCUGAUCAGAGACAGUCAGGACGUGUCCCUGUGCACCUUGAUGGCUCUUGUCUACGCUGAGAGAAAGAAGGCACAUCCAGACCGGGACGUGGUCCAAGAGCUGGACUCCAGGGUGAAGGAGCAGCGUAAGAGCGCGGGCCCCAGCGAGCUCUACCACGCCGGGCUGUUCCUCUGGCUGCUGGGGAGGAAUGACAAGGCCCGCGAAUACGUGGAGAGGAUGCUCAAAGUAUCCAACGGCUCCAGAGAGGGGUUGAUCCUGAAGGCCUGGAUAGACCUGACGUCUGGGAAGGAGGCGUACGCCAAGAAGUCUGCCAAGUACUUUGACGAGGGGCUGAAGGAGAAGGCCGAUGUCUUCGCUCUGAUGGGAAAGGCCCAGUACUUCCAGUACAGACAGAACUACUCCGGUUCCCUUGAGGUCAUCAGCCAGGUGAUCGCCGGGGCUCCCGGGUUCCUCCCGGCAGCCAUCAAGAAGAUGAAGCUUCUGCUGAGCCUACAGGACUGGGAACAAACCAUCGAUGCAGCGCACAGUCUCUUGCAGAAGGACGUGAAUAACCUGGAGGCGCUCAGGAUGCUGGCUCUGCACUCCUUAUGCAGAGAUGGGGACAUCAACGAGACGGCCAGGCGUCUGUCCAGCCUCCUCACCGGUCUGGACCUCCUGGAGCCCAACAACCCCCAGAUGUCCUACCGGAUGUCUCUGGCCUUCAGCCGCACUUGCGGGCGCAGCGACAAGGUGCUGCAGCUGACGGGCCGGAUGGUGGAGAGGGCCUUCUCCCGGGCCCCCAGGGACUGUGAGGUGGCCACGGAGAUGGGCUACCUCCUGGUGCUCAGGGGCCAUCUCAAGGAGGCCCUGCGGUGGUACAGGACAGCCAUGAGCCUGGACGAGACCAGCGUCCCUGCACUCACCGGGAUGAUCCGAUGCCAGCUCAUGGAAGGACAGCUGGAAGAGGCCGAGCUGCAGCUAGAGUUUCUCACGGAGGUUCAACAGUCCAUCGGGAAAUCUGGGGAGCUGCUGUACCUGCGGGCCUUGCUGGCGGUGAGGAGGCGCAGACCCCAGGAGGAGGUGGCGGGCCUGCUGAACGACGCGGUGGACACCCACUUCACCGCGCUGCAGGGGCUGCCGCUGGGCGUGGACUACCUGGAGAAACUCAACCCCGACUUCCUGCUGGACGUCGUCCAGGAGUACCUGGCCCUGUGCCCUACCCAGCCCCCGGUCCAGGGCCAGGCUCCGUCGGCCCGCCUGCUCCACUGCUCCUCCGUGCUGGACACGGUGGUCCAGAUAGUCCCUGGUCUCCUUCAGGGCCUCUUCCUGCUGGCCAGAGUCCGCUUCCUCUCUGGGGACAUGGAGUUGGCCCAGAGGAGUCUCCAGCGCUGCCUGGAGCAGCAGCCGUCCCAUGCAGACGCCCACCUCCUCAUGGCCCAGAUCCACCUGCUGCAGGGGGACGCCAGCCUGGGCGUCCAGUCGCUGGAGCUCUGUCUCAGCCACAACUUUGAGGUGCGGGAGCGGCCCCUGUACCACCUGAUCCGGGCCCAGGCCCAGCAGCAGGCGGGGGAGCUGCAGGGGGCGGUCCAGACGCUGCAGAAGGCCCUCAGCCUGCCGGGGGUCCGCAGGGCUGGCUCCUCCUCCGGGGGCGGGCGGCCGGACCUCAGCCCCUCCGACGCCGUCUCCAUAUUCCUGGAGCUCGCCCAGGCCCUCUGGCACAACGGAGAACAGCAUGAGGCGGCCAAGGUGAUGCAGGACGCCAUCAACGAGUUCUCGGGGACGGCGGAGGGCCCGCGCCUCGCCGUGGCCAACGCCGACCUGGCGCUGCGGAGGGGCGACGCCGAGCUCGCACUGAGCAUGCUCAGAACGCUGGGCCCCGACACGCCCUGCUACGUCCAGGCCAAGGAGAAGAUGGCCGACAUCUACCUGAACCACCGCAAGGAGAAGCGCCUGUACUGCGGCUGCUACAGAGAAAUGGUGGAGAAGAUGCCAAGCUCUCACACCUUCCUGCUGCUGGGAGACGCAUACAUGAACAUCCAAGAGCCAGACAAGGCCAUCCAGGUGUACGAACAAGCUCUGCAGAAGAACCCCAACGACGGAGCUCUGGCCAGGAAGAUCGGGAAGGCCCUCAUCAAGACACACAACUACACCAAGGCCAUCAGUUACUACGAGGCAGUGCUGCAGGGCGAGCAGCAGAGCUUCCUACGCUACGACCUGGCCGAGCUGCUGCUGAAGAUGAAGCAAUACGAGCGCUGUGAGGGGGCGCUGCAGGCAGCCCUGGCCCAUGAGCCAGCUGCAGACCUCCCAGCGCUCACCAGUGACUGCAGGGCUCUGGUGCUGCUGGCCAAGGUCCAAAGCAGAACCAACAAGAGCCAGGAGGCCCUACUCUCCCUGCAGCGAGCCCGGGAUGUGCAGGCCAAGGUGCUGAAGCAGGUCCAGAUGGAGCAGCCGGACGCCGUGGCCACGCAGAAGCAGCUCGCUGCUGACAUCUGCUCCGAGAUCGCCCGACACUACGCCAGCCAGCGCGGCUACGAGAGAGCCGUCAAGUUCUACAAAGAAGCUCUGGUGUAUUGUGAGAGCGAUCGCAAGGUGAUGCUGGAGCUCUCUCGCCUGUACCUGACUCUCGACGACCUGGACGCCUGCCAGCACCAAUGUGGCGCCAUUCUGAAGAACGACCAAUUAAACGAAGACGCAACGCUGAUGAUGGCCGACCUGAUGUUCCGGAAGCAGGACUACGAACAAGCAGUGCUCCACUUCCAGCAACUCCUGGAGCGCAGCCCAGACAACUACCUGACCCUGUCCCGUCUGAUCGACCUUCUGCGGAGGGCUGGAAAGCUGGAGCAGGUCCCUCGCUUCCUGGACAUGGCGGAGAAACAUUCCUCCAGGGCCAAGUUUGAUCCCGGCUUCAACUACUGCAGGGGGCUGUACCUGUGGUACACCGGAGAGCCCAACGAUGGCCUGAGGCACUUCAACAAGGCCCGCAAGGACAGCGACUGGGGCCAGAACGCCGUGUACAACAUGAUCGAGAUCUGCCUGAACCCGGACAACGACACCAUCGGGGGAGAAGUCUUUGAGAACCUCGAUGGUGACAUGGGGAACUCCACAGAGAAGCAGGAGUCGGAGCAGCUGGCCGUGCGGACGGCGGAGAAGCUCCUGAAGGAGCUGAAGCCCCAGACGCCUGGAGGUCACGUCCAGCUCCGCAUCCUGGAGAGCUACUGCCUCCUGGCCACCAAGCAGAAGAGCAACGUGGAGAAGGCCCUCAACGUCUUCACCGAGGUGGCGAACACCGAGAAGGACCACGUCCCGGCCCUGCUGGCCAUGGCGACGGCCUUCAUGAUCCUGAAGCAGCCGCCGCGCGCCCGCAACCAGCUGAAGCGCAUUGCCAAGAUGAGCUGGAGCGUCCUGGACGCCGACGAGUUCGAGAAGAGCUGGCUGCUGCUGGCCGACAUUUACAUCCACUCAGGGAAGUAUGACAUGGCCGGAGAGCUGCUGAAGAGGUGCCUCCGUCACAACAAGUCGUGCUGUAAGGCCUAUGAGUACCUGGGCUUUAUCCUGGAGAAGGAGCAGGCAUUCCGGGAUGCAGCGCUGAACUAUGAACUGGCCUGGAAGUACGGGAACCAGAGUAACCCCACCAUCGGAUACAAGCUGGCUUUCAACUACCUGAAAGCUAAGAGACAUGUCGACGCUAUCGAUGUUUGCCACAAGGUCCUUGAAGCCCACCCUAACUAUCCCCGGAUGAGGAAGGACAUCCUGGACAAGGCACGCGGGGCGCUGAGGGCCUAGCGCUUCUGUGUGGAGAACCCCAGCUGGUUCUAGCGCUUCUGUGUGGAGAACCCCAGCUGGUUCUAGAGUUUCUGUGUGGAGAACCCCAGCUGGUUCCAGAGCUUCUGUGUGGAGAACCCCAGCUGGUUCUAGAGCUUCUGUGUGGAGAACCCCAGCUGGUUCUAGAGCUUCUGUGUGGAGAACCCCAGUUCACCAGAGUUUGUGUUUCAUGUCUUUUAUUUAUCAAUAAAAAAUUGUUUUUAUUUAA